UGGGCCCAGCACUGCAAGGUACGCUGCUGGGAGGAAGUGUCCAUCUGCCUGAGGGUAGGAAGGCCCUCCAGAGGGAUGGACUGAGGCCAGUUGUACGAGACUCAACAAGAGCAAGCGCCAGGUCCUGUGUUUUGGUCAUGACAACCCCAUGCCAGCUUCUCCAGGAUUUGGCUGAGGUAGAAUUUCGAUCACCCACUGAUUCUAGAAUGUUGGGGUGGGGUGUUGGAAUAGUCUGGUCUUGUGAUGUGGUCUUGCCUCCCCACCUUGUCCAUCAUGGUGGAGCAGUCUGGUGGCCCUUAGUGAUGUCAUAAGCGGCUAGAAUGAGGGGAGGAGCAGUGCGUGCUGUGUCCCUUCAUUGGAGCGCUUGAGCUCUGACUGAGUAGCUCGCUUGUUGCACUUGUGCACCGACUGAGUACUUUUGUCUUCACACCAUCUUGUGCAGCAUCUUGUAGCUUUUGCUCGUGAAAGAUCAGAGCAAAGUGACAAGGAACAGCUGUGGAUUCGAGGGACUUGUCUACCUCAUUCUGAUCUCUUGCCAGUUCCAGCUUGUCACCUACUCUGAUGGCCGUGGCGUGCAGCGAGAUCAGCUGUGGGCCUGACCUGGCAUGGACAGAGAAUGAGAACAAGGGGAUGCCCCUGCUGGUCCAUGACAAAUCGUCUGUUAAUAUUCCAGCUAUUGCUGCUGCCCAUGUCAUUAAGAGAUACAUUGCCCAGGCAGAGGAUGAACUCUCCUUUGAGGUGGGAGACAUUGUGUGCAUUAUUGAUAUGCCACCAAAGGAGCUGAGCCCCUGGUGGAGAGGCAAGCGUGGCUUUCAGGUUGGAUUUUUCCCUGGGGAGUGCGUGGAACUCAUUAAUAGCAACAUUCCUGAGGCUCUCAUCAACUCUGUACCAAAGCCAGUGCCAAAGAAACGCAGCAAGCUCAUCACCUUCCUUCGUUCCUUCAUGAAGGCCCGCCCAAAAAAACCAACAGAGCGGGAGAUGGAGAAGGAAAGCGUGUUUGGCUGUGACUUGGGAGCGCAUCUUCUCCACUCUGGUCGUGAUGUCCCCCAGGUCCUCCAGAGCUGUGCUGAGUUCAUUGAGCAGCAUGGAGUGGUGCAGGGGAUAUACCGCUUGUCCGGUGUUGCAUCCAACAUCCAGAGACUCCGGCAUGAAUUUGAGUCUGAGCAGAUUCCUGAGCUAACUGUCCGUGACAUUCACAGCGUGAGCUCUCUCUGCAAAAUGUAUUUCAGGGAGCUCCCAAACCCUCUGCUCACCCACCAGCUGUAUGGCAAGUUCUCGGAUGCUGUUGGUGCUGCUACAGAGGAGGAGAAGCUGGUCAGAAUGCAGAACGUCAUCCAGCAGCUGCCCGCUCCUCACUACAGGACAUUGGAGUACCUCAUGAGACACUUGGCAUGUCUAGCUGGGAGCUCCUCCAUCACAAACAUGCAUGCAAAGAACUUAGCCAUUGUGUGGGCUCCAAACCUCUUAAGAUCGCAGCAGAAAGAGUCUGCCUGUGCCAGCGGAAGAGCUACCUGCAUGGAACUGCAGAUGCAGUCAGAUGUUGUAGAAUUCAUCAUCAACCACACAGACAUCCUCUUCUGCUCCAAAUCCACAUCGGACAUGGCAGAUGGAGCAGGGCACAAUUCUCUCUCAGGGCCCAAGCCUGUGGGGUUCUCUUCUGCUGCCACAAAGCUGCUCAGCCUGGAGGAGGCACAGGCACAGAGGCGAGACCACAGCAGCUCCCCUGUUGUGACAGAGAGAAACAGGGACAUUGAAGUGGAAGAAGGCCCUACAGCUGUGCAGGGCAAAUUCCACACAGUCAUUGACUUUCCAUCUGAAAGACAAAGUCCACCCAGCAAGAUGAGGGAAUCACCAGCUAGCAGUUGGUGUUGCUGCUUUAGCCUGAGAAAGUCAUCCUCUGUGGCUGAACGCCAACUGCAGUGUACUGCCAGGGAGCCCUCAGAAACAGAAGUGGUGGUCCUGGAAGGUGAAUCGAACCCUUUCCAACCCAGAAGAUCCAGAGCAAGUAGUGAUGAUGUGCUGUGUGCUUCCAUCAGUGGAGAGCUCUUCAGAAGCACAAAUUGCUCCAGUUCCACUGGCAGCCUUCCAUCUAACAACAUUAAUGGAGAGAAGGAGCUCAUCCAAGUUCAUGCUCUUAUUUCUCCUAUCUCUGCUAAAGAUGCUAACCUGAGCUCGCCAGCCACCACUGUGACCAAUCUGGAUUGUAACCCAGUGUCUCUGCAGUGCAUCCCAUCCCAAGCACAGUGUGAGUGCCCUGACAGCAGCAACUCCAUGCAGGAACAGGCCAGGAUAAGUGAGGAGGAGCAGAGCCUCUUGGAGGGGGACUUAAAAUCAGGCCUCCAGGCCCAGGCACUGGACAGCAGCACGAGCUCCAAGCCACUCUCUCCAUGACAAGAAAGGAUGAGUCCCAUCUUUAUUCCAGACCUCUCACACCCUUCUGUCUUUUAUAUAAUAAUAAAAGCACAUUGUGCUCAAUCAAUGCCUUGACUGCCUUCCAAGUCUUCGUUCAGAGAGAUUGGGAUGAAUACAACACAUAGCAAGGUAUCUCAGCUUGCAAUGCUGUGGCUGUGGGCAUGCAGCAGAGCUCCACUUUUGUUCUCAUUUUG